ACCUUUUCUAGAUCCUCUCCAAGAGAACUUGGCAGUGAGGAACCUGGUGACGCGACUGACACAAACUGACGGUAGUCUGGGAGUUUUCACGCAGCGAUAUGAGCGUUUGGAAAACAGAUACUUUACACCAUUCAUUUUUCAGAUAACGCACGUCAAUUUGAGGAUCUCGCGCUUUCUUUUUAAACACAACGAUUGUCAUAGCAUUUGAGAAGAAACCACGGAGGCGCAAGAAACACCAUCAGCAGAGAAAAAGCCACGAAGUUAAGAAAUUAGAUACAUCACAGUGUAACUCCUUGGCGUUUUUUUACGCGUGCUUUUGGAUCGGGGGAGUGUGUCUAAAGGAAACAUGCACGGGGGCGAUGUCGUGGUGGCGCUGCUCGUGACUGUGGCGAGCUGCGCGGCGCGCGGAGGGAAAGGGAAUCGGAGAGUGUGUGCAGAUCUUCCCGAGGAGAUUCUGGAGCAGAGGUUCGGUCGCCUCUCUGUCGGAGUGCUCGGCGCUUUCCAUCACACACUCCAACUCACAGCAGAACCUCAGAACCUGAGCUGCUCAUCAGCAAGUCUCCUGCAGCCUGCAAAGAGAUCGAGCAUUCCGGUCAAUCUGCUCAGUCUCUCACCAUGGGCGUACAGAUUGAAACACGACCCAGCGCGCUAUCCCCGCUUUAUUCCUGAAGCCUACUGCUUGUGUAGGGGCUGCCUGACAGGGUCGGCCGGUGAGGAGAGUGAGGAGUACCGCAGUGUUCCGGUGUUCGUGCCCACCGCCGUGCUGCGCCGCUCGCGCUCGUGUGUCGGAGGCCGCCGCUCUUACACUGAGAGCUAUGAGUCCAUACCGGUGGGCUGCACGUGCGUACCUGCGCUGAAGCCCGAGAAGAGCGCGCGCAGGAGCAACCAGAGCACUCAGAGAGCCGUGCAACCCCCCAAGAAACGUAAAAAUGUCUCAAACUGAAACGUUGUGACGCCUUUUUGUCACAACGCUAAUGUUGAUCAAAGUUUGUUUUUGCUUGUUUUUUUUUGUUUAAAGUUACAAAAACAUUUAUUAUAAUGCACCUUAAAGAGAAACAUAUGUGACUGCACUGUAUUGGUGGCCCAAGACCUUGCAUAUUGUUUAUUAAAAUGACAGAAUGUGUGUGUACAUGCAUGCAUAUGAUUAA